AUGAAAAAAUGGAUGGAGGAACAAAAAUGGCACAUAAAUAUUAUAUUGAUGUUUUUUCAUCAAUUUUUUGACCGGAUUAAUUAUUCAAUGAGAAAUACCUUUCUACAUGAUCACUAUAUAUUUUUAAAAUUUAAAAAAAAUAAAAUAAUUGGUUUGUUAUCAAUAAUUAACUCAUCGGUAUGUUUAGUUAUAUCCCCUUUAAUUGGAUAUUAUUGUGAUAAACAUAAAAAAAACAGAAUUAAAGUUUUACAAUUUAUAUCGAUAUCAUAUCUAUUAGUUAAUAUUAUUCAUUAUAUGUUCAUCAGAACAAAUAACUUAAAUUUAAUAAUUCUUAUAACUGCGAUUUCAAAAAUGUUGCAAGAAUCUUCUCAUGUAAUAACCGAGUCCAUUUUUAUAGAAAGCAUAGAAAAGGGCAAAAAGAGUAUAAUUUUUACCUACCAAAAACUCAUUAGCACAGUUGCAACAAUGCUAGGACCAUUUUUUUGUCUGAUUUUAUUUUAUUUGUAUAACGAUAAAUGGAAUAUUACAAAUAUUUUUAUCAUAUUUCAAUUUUCUAUAUUAACAAUUCUUCCUCAAACAAUUAUAAGUUUUCUUUGGAAGAAUAAUACUAUUAAUACAUUACCAAAAUCAGAAGAAAUAAGUUUGAUAACCAAGCAAAAUGAAAAACCUAAUUUACUGUGGUUGAAAUCAAAUCACGUCCCUUAUAUUGUUUUUGUAUCACAUAUUAUUACUUUGGCAGGCGCAGGAAUGACGUUUAAAUACUUUUCAUUAUUUUUAAAAUCCGAGUAUAAAGUAUCCCCCAUUUUAAUGUGUGUUCUCAAUAUUCUCAUCCCCCUUCUCUUAACAUUUUUUACUUAUCUUUCCCAAAAAUUAUCAAAAUCAUUAGGAAGAGCACAAGUUUCUCUAUUUUUCACAACUAUUGGUUUUAUAUUGCUUUGUUCUCUACUCCAUAUACAAAAUUACCAAGAUGUUCUCAAAGUUCAUGUUUUUAGGAGCGUGUUUCAAAAUUGCACAAAUUCAAUCGAUAAAAGUAUUCUCUACGAUUUCAUUGAUACUAAUAGGCAUACAGGAAGGUGGAUGGGUAUACAAAGUUUAUAUUACUUAGUAUGGUCUAUUAGUGCAUAUUUCGGAGGUUGGUUAUCCGAUAUAUCAUCAUACAGAAACACAUUUAAAAUAACGACAUAUUUCUAUUUAUUAUCACUAAUAAUAUAUUCCCCACUUUUAUGGCUUGUCCCAAUUAAGGAAACAGCAUAA